AUGGCCCGGGGAAAAGCCAAGGAAGAAGGAAGCUGGAAGAAAUUCAUCUGGAACUCGGAGAAAAAGGAGUUUUUGGGCAGGACCGGUGGCAGUUGGUUUAAGAUCCUUCUCUUCUACGUAAUAUUCUACGGCUGCUUGGCUGGCAUCUUCAUCGGAACCAUCCAGGUGUCACUACUCACCAUCAGUGAAUUUAAGCCUACCUAUCAGGACCGCGUGGCCCCACCAGGACUGACUCAGAUUCCUCAGAUCCAAAAGACAGAAAUUUCCUUUCGCCCAUUAGACCCCAAGAGCUAUGAGCCCUAUGUGCUGAACAUAGUUAGGUUCCUGGACAAGUACAAAGAGACAGCCCAGAAGGAUGAUAUGAUUUUUGAAGACUGUGGCAAUGUGCCCAGUGACUUCAAAGAGCGAGGUGAAUAUAACAAUGAACGAGGAGAGCGGAAAGUCUGCAGGUUCAAGCUUGACUGGUUGGGAAACUGCUCUGGAAUAAAUGAUGAGAGUUUUGGCUACAAAGAUGGCAAACCAUGUGUCAUCAUAAAACUCAACCGAGUUCUGGGCUUCAAACCUAAGCCUCCCAAGAACGAGACUUCGGAAAAUUUCUCACUGAUGAAGUAUAAUCCUUAUGUCCUGCCUGUUCAGUGCACUGGCAAGCGCGAUGAAGAUAAGGAUAAAGUUGGAAACGUGGAAUAUUAUGGACUAGGCGGCUACCCUGGUUUUCCUCUGCAGUACUACCCCUACUACGGCAAGCUUCUGCAGCCCAAGUACCUGCAGCCUCUGCUGGCCGCACAGUUCACCAACCUCACCAUGGACACUGAAAUUCGUGUUGAGUGUAAGGCGUAUGGUGAAAAUAUUGGGUACAAUGAGAAAGACCGUUUUCAGGGACGCUUUGAUUUAAAAAUUGAAAUUAAGAGCUGA